AUGGCCUUAAUAUAUAAUAGGCCACAUAAUUCGGUCACUUAUUAGCUAUAAAAUAUUUAAGUAUAUUGUUUGGUUUAGGUUUGCUGGUUGUGGGCCAAGGUCGACUGACUUCUCUUUGUAAAUCAAUAGAUACACUACUGAGUUGCCCGAUUGUUUUGCCAUCUACAUACUAGAAAAAUCUACGGAAUGCGUUAGUAUUAUAACGUUACAACCGAUACGUCGGAAUAGUUGAUUCUUAUGGGUGUUCGUUUCAAUGGUUUACGUGUCAUAAAAACGUUUCUGGUGAAAGUUUGACACGCGCAAAUUAUUCAUAUUUUUAUACGGAGAAAAUGUUGUUAUUAAAUUUUUAUUUUCAAAUGGCUUGGACUUACGUAGCCUCUGUUGGUUGGUACAUCGUUGCUUUAAUAGGAAUAAUAUGGUAUACUUAUCCGUAUAUUCAAGAUAAAUAUACAAAGUGGAAAAUAAAGAGAGACGAGGCAGAAUAUGCAGCAAAAUAUCAUAAGAAUUCUGAUCUUCUACAACAGAGAUUAUUGGCGGUGGAAUCGUCUAGGCAAAAAAUGCAAGAACAAUACAUUAAAUCGACAUUAAUAGCAAAAGAAAAAGAGGAAGAGCGCAAGCAAAAGAAAAAAGAAGAAGUUCGUAAUUUGUUAGACGGUGAUAUUGUGGGCCAUGGAAGAAAAGACGAAGCCUCUACGUCAAAUGGAACGAAGUCAAAGUCAGGGUAUAAUCCAUUAAUGGGAGACGGUUCUCGAAGCUAUAGGCCACCCAAGCGCAGUUGUUGUGGAAAGGGUGGUUGUGGUUAAUUAUUU